AUUGGAACAUCUUGCAUGAAACAGGUGUACAAAUUAUUAGAUAACAAUCAAAUGCUGAAGGCGUUUAUUUUAGCGGCCGCAUUUGCGGUAGCUUUGGCAGAAAACUCUUACAUCGUUCUCACUCCUAAGAGUUUCCGACCUGGCGUCCCACUCAACAUUAGCGUCAACGUCCUGAAGGCGUCAGGCGACGUCAACGUUAAGGCAGAACUUUUCGACGACAGCGCGAAGGCCGUAAUAGCCUCUGCUCAUAAAUCCGUUACUCCCGGUUCUGUAACUUCUAUUCAGAUCAAUGUUCCGGACAACUUGCACAGCGGAUCCUACAAAAUCCAAGUACAAGGUUCCGGUCACGGCCUACACUUCCAGAACGAGACCUCCAUCAACUAUGAGAGCAAGAGCAUCUCGAUCUUUAUUCAGACGGACAAGGCCACCUACAAACCUGGGCAAACUAUCAAUUUCAGAGCCUUUGCAGUCUUCCCGAACUUGACUGUUUAUACUGGAAGCUAUGAUAUUGAAAUCUAUGACCCCAACACGAACAAGAUCAAGCAGUGGCUCGGCGUGUCCGAUGCCAGCGGCGUCGUGACCAACUUUCUUGAGAUGGACACACAGCCGGUGCUCGGAGACUGGAAAAUGAAAGUUACAGCACAUGGACGAUCUACAGAGAAAAUAUUCGUCGUUGCUCAUUACGUGCUUCCAAAGUUUGAAGUUAAAGUCGAACUGGCUUCGUUUAUUCUUACUUCCGAUAACGCACUGCAUGGGAAGGUCAGCGCAAUUUAUACGUACGGUAAGCCGGUGCAGGGAACGGCCGACUUAAUUGUGAAGUUAAAGAACUGGUACCGCCCAUAUAACUACCAUGGUGACGAGCCACACGUGACGCAAGCACUGACUCUUUCGGUCGAUGGUACUGCCUCGUUUUCCAUCCCAUUGGACGCUAUUAAGACGAUGAACAGCUACUUGACUGGACAAACUUUGACAGUAGAGGCCAACGUAACGGAGAGCCUUAAUCACAUCACCUUAAGUGGAAACAACGAAGUGAAAUUUUAUGACCGUGCUGAGAAAAUGGAGUUCCUGAAAUCUAACCCAAACACAUUCAAGCCUGGUCUGUCCUACACUGCAUAUCUACGAGUCUCACAGCAAGAUGACCAGCCCAUUCAGGGUGUUCGUCAAGAUGUGCGAGUAACAGUAACGUGCACGUACCAAGACAAGGGCGAGGCAACCACGCCCUAUCCCUGGUACCAGCCCCCACAACACAGCUACAGUCUUCCAGAGCAGACAUUUACAGUACCGGAUAAUGGUAUUGUGCCGAUCCAGGUCGACAUUCCAGAAAACUCAACCAGCGUCAGCGUACAGGCAUUCUAUGGAAAGUCCGUAAAUGCUUACCUCAGUCUGAGCAAGAGUUACUCACCGAGUGAUAAUUACAUGCAGCUCUCCUUGAAAUCUUCUAACCUACGGGCCGGUCAAGUGGCAUCGUUUGAUGUUCGAUCAACUGAAACCAUUUCGACCUUGUUUGUCCAGGUCAUGUCACGUGGUAAUGUCGUCAUGGCUGGGACGGUUUCCGGAAGUACAUUCAGUAUUCAUGUUGACUCCAAGAUGGCCCCGAACGCUCGCAUCAUUGCUUACUACGUACGUGCUGACGGCGAGGUCGUCACUGACAGCCUUAGUUUCGAUGUAGAUGGCGCUUUCCAAAACCAGGUUGCUCUGUCGUUCGACAAGACCAAGGCUGCUCCCGGCGAUAACGUGAACGUGAUCGUUACAGCGGACCCCCAGUCACUCGUAAAUCUACUUGCCGUUGACCAGAGCGUCCUGCUGCUCCGAUCCGGAAAUGACGUCACACAGUCAGAGGUCAUCGACGAGUUGAAGUCGUACGACACAAUCAGCCAUGAUAGCAGCUCCUUCUGUUGCGACUUUAUGCCAAUGGCCAUGGUCGGGCGCCGCAAACGCAUGGUGUGGUGGCCGUACCCAAGAUACUUCGGAGGGUCUGAUGCACAGACCAUUUUUGACAACUCUGGUGUCAAGGUUUUGACCGACGCUAAUGUGUUCCACCACAAUGAACCAAUGAUUUAUCGACCAUUGCCUGGAAUGUUUGCAAACAUGGCGAUGGGGCCGGCUCCUGGUGGCAUGCAACCAGUUCCGGCCCCAAGUGGCCCACUUCAGUCAGUGGAUCGAAUCAGAAAUGUGUUUCCGGAAACAUGGCUGUGGAGUAACUCAACAAUUGGAGCGGACGGCACAGUUACUAUUUCAACCACUGUACCUGAUACAAUCACAUCUUGGAUAGCAAGUGCAUUUGCAGUUCACUCCAAGUCAGGAUUGGGAAUCGCUUCCUCUUCAGCCAAGAUUGAGGCGUUCAAGCCUUUCUUCGUGAGCCUCAAUCUGCCGUACUCUGUUGUCCGAGGGGAGGAGCUCGCUCUUCAAGCAAACGUCUUUAACUACAUGUCACAGGAUAUGGAUGUACUGGUGACCUUGAAAGGUUCGUCUGACUUCAGGAGCAUGACAGUUGACGCUAACGGCCUUGUCAGUUACGGCACACAGACUCAAACGAAGACAGUUCACAUCCCUGCCGGGGAGGCCAAGUCUGUGUUUUUCCCGAUCGUUCCCGCCUCCCUGGGCAUGAUACCUCUGACUGUGACCGCCCAGUCGGCCCUCGCAGCUGACGGGGUACAGAGGCAACUUCUUGUUGAGCCUGAAGGAGUCGCUAAGCAUUACAGCAACCCAAUCUUAGUAGACCUGAAGAACCAGACGACAUUCAGCCAGGUUGUUGACAUCUCUAUGCCUCAAACGGUCGUCGCCGGGUCACAAAGAAUUGUCGUUACCGCAAUUGGUGACCUUCUUGGACCAACGGUAAACAAUCUCGACAAACUGCUUCAAAUGCCGACCGGAUGUGGCGAGCAGACGAUGCUCGGCUUCGCGCCAGACGUCUUUGUAACUAACUACCUGACGGCCACCAACCAACUGACGGGAGAUAUCGAGGACAAGGCAAUCAGCUUUAUGGAGAAGGGGUACCAACGUGAACUUACAUAUCAACACAAGGACGGCUCAUUCAGCGCGUUUGGUGAUCAGGACCCCUCCGGAAGCAUGUGGCUGACUGCAUUUGUUGCCAAGUCAUUCCACCAGGCCAAGAAGCAAAUCUUCAUCGACGACGAGACACUGACUCGAGCCAUCGACUGGAUGAUCAACCGACAGAAAGCCGACGGCUCUUUCCCAGAGCCUGGUAAUGUGAUCCAUAAGGAUAUGCAGGGUGGUGCUGCAUCUGGCAUCGGUCUCACUGCUUUCGUUCUUGCAUCACUUCUUGAAAACAAUGAUCUUCCAGGAAGCAUUCACCAGAGAAUCACACAAUCUGUGGCAUUGGCAACACAUUACCUUGAGUCCCAAAUUGCAACGACGAAUGAUGACUACGUUCUUUCCCUUUGCAACUACGCCCUGACACUUGCCCAUAGUCCAGCUGUACGUGAUGUCCAGACCAAACUUAAGAAUGAUGCAAUCGUUAGCGGAGGCACCAUCCACUGGCACAAGGACCAGGCAGCCUCCACUCAGAGCCACUGGCAACCCGCCCACUCACAGGCCAACCCUAUCGACAUUGAGAUGACUGCGUACAACCUGCUGGUGACGGCGGAGGCCGGCGAUAUGAGCGUAGGUCUUCAGAUUAUGAAGUGGAUCACGGCCCAGAGGAACUCUAAUGGAGGCUUCAGUUCAACACAGGAUACCGUUGUUGCCCUUCAAGCCUUGUCAAGAUUUGCUGCAAUGAUUUUCUCAGACACGUUUAACAUCCAAGCCACAGUUACAGCUGGAACCUUCACGCAUACAUUUAACAUCAACAAGCAAAAUGCUCUUGUCAUGCAGUCCGUUGUAUUGCCAUCGAUUCCAAGCCAGGUUUCUGUUAGCGCAACUGGUCACGGAAUGGCUCUGUUGGAUGUCGGACUCUCGUUCAACGUUGAACAAGAAAUUGAGACGCCCUCCUUCCAGAUCGAUGUCACCAUAGUUACUGAAACCAUUGAUACGCUUUCAGUGAAAUCAUGCGUUAAAUGGUUGAAGAACGGUACAAGUGGAAUGGCCAUCCAGGAGUUUGGCAUUCCAUCUGGGUUCGAAGCAGAUCUUGAAAGCAUUGAAAAAGUAGUGGCGAUAAAACGUGUGGAGUCUAAGGACAGAAAGCUCGUUUUGUACUUCAAUCAGAUUGCUCCUACGCCCUUGUGCCUGACGCUCGAUACCAUCCGAACUGGAAUGGUGGCCAAGUCGCAACCAGCUGCGAUCGAAGUAUAUGACUACUAUCAGCCGAGUAACCGAGUGACAUCAUUCUACCAGUCGAAAAUUCACAAGAAUGCACAUAUCUUUGACAUCUGCGCCGAAUGUGGCAAUCAGAGCAACACAGUCGCUAUUGGAGGGUAAAGGAAUAAAAGGAUCAGUCGAAGAAUAUCCGGAAACAAAUCCUGGACACUUUUGAUGAUUUUUUUGUGAUUGUUAAAUCGUAAGCACUGUUGGUGUAUGACGUGAAAUGAUUUAUAUCCAGACAUAUUUGUAAUAAAAUGACAAUAAUUGUAUUUUAAACAAUUA